AACGACAUUUAUAUAUCUACGCGAUCUAACCCCAAAACAACCUGUAUUAUGGAUGAUCUUACUGCUGGCUACCAUGUAGCACAGUCCAAAAGCCUUUACACCUCUUACACAAGGAUGUUAUUUCAUUAAAUCCCUAUCCAGGCUGAGCCUGCUUGGCUUUCUAGCGUGCUGUCAAUACCAGGUUUAUUUCCAGAGGGAGUUUUUUUCCCCCUAUGGUUGCGUAGCACGGGCCCUAAAAGGCUCAAAAUGUGAAACGUAUUCACAUGAUAGUUAACACGUUUCAUGAAUUCAGCGAGGUUGUGGGGUAUUGAGAAAAGUGACGAUCUCAGUGAGUUCCAAAAUUCCGCAUUGCGCGGAGCGAGAAGCAGAGCGACGAAGCAAAGUGGUUGUUGAAGGCACGUAGGCGACAUCGGCAAAAUCAUUGGUUGAACAUGAGCCAAGAUUAACUCGACAGAAUGUGUGUUCCGACCCAGUUGCCCCCACUGGACAUCUGUGAAAAAUAGCUUUAUAGCUCAUCGGAUUCCUCCAGUACGAAUGCAAUAUUCUGAUUCUCAAUUGGGUCGGGGUAGUGCCUCGACUACGUUCAUUGCCGUUACCUCUCCGUUAUUUACGCGUUCUUUUUGCAUUCGUUUCGCAGAUUAUUGCAAAGCAAAGAAGAAAACCUGCGAUCCAGAGAAAGUGGAAAUGCACCGACCUCAAAUUCCCACGGGUGUAUUGCUCCAAGAAAGUCAAGAGAACGAUUUCACGGAGAUAUCGAACAAACCGAACAACAACCAACCCACCUAUAUGCCCAUGUCAAGUUCUGUCAACCGGCCUGCUACGUACGAAAACAUGCAGAGGAUGGCAACGUACAGCAGCAACACGAGUGACCUGGCAAAGACGAAGCACAGCAGAGCGAAGCGACCCAGGCAGGCCAGGCGAUGCAAAAACAAGAGCAAGCCUCCUGCACCAGCUGCUCCUGCAGCUGCUGCUGCUGCUUAUUCUGCUGACACUACGACUGCGCCACCUGUACCUAUUCGACAUCAAUCCAAGAGAAGACCUCAUCGAUCAUUGUACUCCGACUUACAAUACGGAUUCCAAGAGAGCACCGUGUAUUCCUGCAUCACCGCUCCUUCGAGAACACGGCCAGGCGAGAGCUGUGGAAACUCGGCGAACGAAGAAGAAGAGAGACUGGGACCGGCAGGAGGGGAGCUGCUCUACUCGGAGCUGGACCACGACGUCGCCACCACGACCCGCGCUGCGUCCGACGACGACGGCGGUGGCGUGGGGCCCGCCCUUGAAGACAACGAGCUGUACGGAGCGGUGCCCUAAGCGCUGCCGCGCCCGCGGUCAAAAAGAGACAGAGACUGCCCCCCCACCCCGCCACCACCCCGGCCUCUGACCUUUACACAGUUGGAGCAGCUGAUACACGAGAUACAUUAAUAAUUAUUAUUGAAUGGUUGCUUAUGUAUGUAUGUAUGUCGAUGGUAUGUUGUGAGCGGACGUCAGCCCACGUAGCCACAGAGCCAUGUGACAGCCUCCUCCUCCAGCACGUGCAGGGACACUGGUCCGCCCGACAACCCCUGACGGACUUCACAGCCGGGGAUGAUGCGCGCCACGGUCUCCCACACCGUGAAUUCACACAGGGCGCUGCCGCGUAGUCGAAAGCAUCACACACCCCCUGGGCAUACUGGAAGCGGUGGUCAGAGUUAAGGGACCUGUCCAUCCACUUCCUCACGACUGAUCUAACGACCUCGCCACAUAUCCAUCAACCCGCACUCACCAGCACUGGGGAGCAUGGUCAAAUAAUCCGCAUUAGCGUCAUGGCGUAGAGAGUCCUUCAUUCGAUGGUGGAUUGACAGAUGGCUGUAAAAUGAAUGUGCUAAAAUACGUUUUAAAAACACAUGACAUUAUACUUGUUAUCUCACUUCCCAAAUGCAUAACUGCUCGUUAAGGAAAAAAAUUAACUUCUCAGCUUCCCAACCGCAUUCUAAACCACAGCCUACAGAGAUGUAUGCGAUUUCAAUAGGUCGUGGUGCGUGAAGCUAUUAUGCAUCCUAUGGUUACGCCCUUUACGUCAAAUCCAACAUGAAUAUAAAACGAUUGUCAUGCAAAAGUUCAACGUCAUCUCAAGACAAUGUGCAAAACAGUGGGACGUGCACCACAGCUAAACAUGAGUCGAGUGAAGAAAGGUCUUGAGCCUGAAUUUUAACAGGGGCAGGGAGUCGACAGCAUGGAUGGCUGAGGGGGUGGGAAUGAACUCCAUACUGUGGGGUCAGCAGAGGAGAAAGGAUGUCCUUUCACUGAGCAGAAGUUGACUUGUGGGUUUGAUUGAAAUCCUUGGUUGGUGGAGCUGAGAGCACGUUAAGAGGAGCAGUAGAGUGAGAUGAGACGAGGUAGACAGGAGCAAGUCCGUGGAGGAUCUUGAAUAUGCUGAAUAUUGUUUCUCAAGUAGGUAAGCUGCAUGAGUGAAAACUCAUUUUUGAUUAUAGUUCCUCAAUUUCUACCACGUCAAGUGUUGGACGUUGAUGCUUUUUUUAAUUCAACUUGAAAUUCAACCGACAGUAACAUAACAGAGAUAUUCGUCAUCGAGAUGAGUGGUGCCUAACCACUCAUCAGUGAAUUUAGCGAUGAGCGACAGGGCCGGGACUGUUCCCGCAAAUAGAAGUUUGUUUUGUUGUACCGGGUGAGAAGGCAAGAGACCGGAGAUAAGUCAUGAUCAUUGGCAGGAGACACCUGGGUCACCCAAAUGACGAAAGCAAUCACAUGCAAGCAACGUCCCAACAAUGGAGCAGAUAAAAAUCUGUGGACCAUUUGGGACCACUCAUGCUUCACAAAUCCCUGGGAGGUGGCCAGAUAAACACUUGCAGUUCGUAUUCUUGGUUCGUUCGGUAAAGUCACGUAAGAGGGGAAACAAAAUAAUAAAAAUAUAUAUAAUACAAUAA